AAUAACCUCAGAAAAACUUCUCCACCUCUGCUAAGCAGGCAUCUGCUGAGCCAACUUCUUUGGCAAAGAAGGCCAUCAUUGGUGGUGUUGCCGCUUCCGGUUUGACUGCUUCUUACCUCCUUUACGAGGACUCUGUCUUUGCCGAAGCCAUGACUGCCGCUGAGCACGGUCUUCACCCACCAGCUUACCCAUGGUCACACAAUGGUAUGUUUGACACAUUCGACCACGCUUCCAUCAGAAGAGGUUACCAAGUUUACCGUGAAGUUUGUGCUGCUUGUCACUCUUUGGACAGAGUUGCCUGGAGAACCAUGGUUGGUGUUUCCCACACCAACUCUGAAGUUAGAGCCAUGGCUGAGGAGUUUGAGUACGACGAUGAACCAGAUGAUGAAGGUAACCCAAGAAAGAGAAACGGUAAGUUGGCUGAUUACAUCCCAGGUCCAUACGCCAACGAACAAGCCGCCAGAGCUGCCAACCAAGGUGCUCUUCCACCAGAUUUGUCCUUGAUUGUCAAGGCUAGACACGGUGCCUGUGAUUACAUCUUUGCUUUGUUGACCGGUUACCCAGAAGAGCCACCAGCAGGUGUCACUCUUCCACCAGGUUCCAACUACAACCCAUACUUCCCAGGUGGUUCUAUUGCCAUGGGUAGAGUCUUGUUCGAUGAAUUGGUUGAGUACGAGGAUGGUACUCCAGCUACUACUUCUCAAAUGGCUAAGGAUGUUACCACUUUCUUGAACUGGGCUGCUGAGCCAGAGCACGAUGAGAGAAAGAGAUUGGGUUUGAAGGCUAUCAUUGUUUUGUCUUCUCUUUACUUGAUCUCCAUCUACGUCAAGAAGUUCAAGUGGGCCCCAAUUAAGACCAGAAAGAUCAGAUUCAACCCACCAAAGAACUAAUUGAACUAAAUUUGUGCACAUAUAUUCCAGUUGUUUUUGACAUCAAAAGAGAAAGACAAAGUCAUUAAUCAUACUUAUAUUCACACAUGUCAUUUUAUGCCACUCACGUCUUUUUAUGUUAUACACGUUCUACAAAACUUUGAUUCUUUUUCCCUUUCUUGUUGAACGUGAAUGUCUAUGUGUAUAAGUUUGAUUCUGAAGAAUGAAAGAGAAGGAGAGUAAGUGGUUGGGAGACGAGAAGGGGAGAGAAGAAUGGGAGAAGAAUCGGAUUAGAGUGAAUGAAUUUUUACAAAAAAAGAGAUCUUUAUAUUUAUAGUAAGUUUUAACGAUCUGGAGAGGCAU